CUCGGUUCAGGCGGGCUGGUUGAAAGCACAGGAGAAGUGCCUCUGCUGACUAUUAUGCAGCGAAAGUAACGAUAAUUCAACAGUUUAACGUGUUAGUUCGCUAUAAUAUAUAUUUCACUCGCUGAAUAGUCGGACGCAUGUUUGCUUUUAAAACUAUGGACAACUAAUGCUAGGCUAGCGUCUCCGGCUAGCAAACACGGGAGAUAUUCGUGUUGAUGUGGCAGCUAAUGUAACGCGUGGUUAUUGUUAGCUAGCUUUACUUCUACAAACUAUGGACCGACCAUCAAGGAAGACAAAGGUUGUGAAUUACUGUGAGGCCAAGGACUUUGAUGAUGAUGAGGAUUUUGCCUGUGCGAAGGCUCCACCCAGCAAAAAGGCCAGGGAGGAUGUGGUACAACAGGAGCACAAAAAAUCAUCAAGCAAGUCCUCCAGUCAAGAGACCAACUCACAGUCCACACUGAGCCAGAAGAGCAGAAGACCAUUGGAUGUGAAGUUGUGUGAACGAGAUCUAGAGGCAGCCAUUACGCUUUCCUUGCUCAAUAAUGCAGAGGGAAUAAAGGACCAGUCACCCACCACUAAAGGAAAUGUCAAGGUUCAACUUCCUGUAGAUGAAAACACAGAUCCUUCUUCACUGCACCUCUCGAACUGCAGUGUGGAUGGUGCGAUUUUGGGUCUGGAUGAAAUCACCUCUGAGAAACGGUUACCUGCCCCAUCCACACAGAGAAAAGCUGCCACUAACGCCUCUGAGGAGCAGAGGAAGAAGCUGAAAGAAAAAGAUGAGAACUAUGAACCUAAACUGACACCAGAUUCCGAGAGUGACGAAGAUUUCAGUGAACCAGAUGAGAGUGAAGAUGAGGAAUUCACUGUGAAGAAAGUCAGUAAAACUAAAAAGAAGGAGAAAGUCACCAAGAAUGAGAAAAUCAAAUCACCUCCUGCCUCUAAAAAACAAAAGCAACCAUCCAAGACGUCAAAGUCUAAAUCACAUGCAGCAGCUGUUUCCACGCCAGUGCGAAGUCCACCAACAGCCAAACUUGCAGCCAAUAGACCUGCAUCGUCCUCCACAGUUUCUACACCUAAACCUGCAGCAGCUCUGAGUCAGGCAGGGGGCAGAAUACCCAAGUGGAACCCACCAGGUCAAAUUGGUAAAAGUCCCACCUCCUCCCAGAGUUCACAGGGGAAGUCUCCAGGUCAGGGUCUGCGACUCGGACUGUCUCGUCUUGUCCGAGUCAAACCUCUUCACCCCAGUGUUGCGAGUCACUGACUGAACUUAUCACUUGUCCGAGUUUGUGUCAGUGACUUCUUGUUGACCUUUUUAGCCUCUUCUCUUAUUUUAAAAAGUUGUAAAUAUUCAUUUCUAUUUUUCUGGAUUUAUAAUACAGUAUAUAUGACAUGAUUUCCAGCAGGGCAUGUUGUCAUUUGAUUGUCAGCUUUGGUCACCUUGAUCUAUAAUUUUUCCCCACUAAGGUCAGGGAACAGUGAUAGGGUGUUGCCUCGUUGACUCCAGUAUCAUAAACCACAGAUAAAUACGUCUGUCUUUGCUUCAUCAGCACAGGAAUUGUGUAUGUAGAUUUUCAGAUUUCUUCGGUCCUCCCCAUGUCAGUUCACAUCUCAGAUUCAGGAACAACUGUUGUUGGUAUGUGUACUUUGUGAAAAAGUGUGAAUUACCCACUUUAUUUUAAUGCUCCGUCAUAUUUAACUCAUCUUUCUGUCAUUUAUAACUUUUUCCACCACUUUUCAAACAGUGUGCAAAAUUGUAUAUUGUGUACAUAUAUAUAUAUAUAUAUAAAAUAAAAUUUGAAAGCAGUUUAA